UACGACGCUUGGAUGCUACUCCUGACAUGGAGAAGAUUGAGGAACAGUUUGCUAAUUUGAACAUUGUUAAACGUUCCUCAGAAACUGAAGAGCCUGCUUACUUGCUUAGUAUAGAUACAUCAAAAGCUGUACGAGGAGAAAAAGAAAACUUGGUUGCUGUUUUAUGUUCUAAUGGAUCAAUCAGAAUAUAUGAUAAAGAAAGAUUAAACAUACUACGAGAAUUUAGUGGAUAUCCUGGGCUUCUUAACGGAGUUAAAUUUGCAAAUUCUUGUGACAGUGUAUAUUCAUCAUGUACCGAUGGCACUAUAAAGUGUUGGGAUGUUCGAUUAGCCAGUGAAAAACCUGUCCAGCUGUUCAAGGGUUACCCUUCCAAUAGUUUUAUUAGUUUUGAUAUCAACUGUAACGAUCAUGUCAUUUGUGCUGGUACAGAAAAAGUGGAUGAUGAUGCAUUGUUGGUAUUUUGGGAUGCAAGAAUUAAUUCUCAGGAUUUGUCUACUACUAAAGACCCACUUGGAGCAUAUUCAGAGACUCAUAGUGAUGAUGUCACUCAAGUGUGCUUCCAUCCCAACAAUCCCAACAUGGUAGUCUCGGGUUCAACUGAUGGCCUGGUAAAUGUAUUCGAUAUUAGUGUUGAUAAUGAAGAAGAUGCACUGGUUACAACCUGUAACUCUGUUUCAUCAGUAAGCUGUAUUGGUUGGUCUGGGAAGGAUUAUAAACAGAUUUACUGCAUGACACAUGAUGAAGGAUUUUGUUGGUGGGAUCUUAAUCAUCUGGAUACUGAUGAACCAAUUACAUGUUUGAACAUCCAGGAUGUCAGAGAAGUAGUUAAUCUGAAAGAAGGUAUUUUGGACUAUUUAAUUGGUGGCCUAUAUCAUGAAAAAAUGGACAAAUUGUUUGUUGUUGGAGGAACAAACACAGGAAUUAUUCACUUGAUGAGCUGUACUAUAUCAGGAUUGAUCCAUGUGACCAGCCUUCGUGGAGGGCAUGCUGCUACAGUCCGUUCUUUCUCUUGGAAUAUGCAGGAUGAUUCUUUGCUAACUGGAGGAGAAGAUGCACAGUUGUUACUUUGGAAACCUGGAGCAAUAGGGAAGACAUUUACAAAGAAAGACAGCAUGAAAAUAGCAUCCUCUGUGUCCCAGCGAGUUCGAGUUCACAGUAAUGAUUCUUACAAGAGAAGGAAAAAGCAGUGAUGUUAUGUUGGGAGUUUACUUGAGAGGCUUUAUAGUUACAAGUAGUUAUUUUUGUGUACUACCUGUGAUAGAUAUGUUUAAAGCUCAUAUGUAAAAACAAGCCAGUUAGCAAACAAUCCUGGAAAAAUGUUGAAAAUGGUUUAAUUCAGGUCUUCAUGUAUUCUAAAAUUAUUUUUUUUAAAGCUGCCAGUUGAGUAUAUAAUCAGUGAGUUGAAAGUAAAAUUACAUUCCUCAUUUUUAAAACCCAUCUGUUGAGUUAGUAAAUGUUGGGUUUAAAGAAAUAGCUUUGAUAAGGACUUUUUAGAAGUAGAUGGCUGGUGUGACUUUAAAAAAAUCAGGUGGUUUGAGCUAUGUGUUUUAAAUUCAGUUUUUUUUUUUACAUUUUAAAUCAUCUUCAUUAUUUAUAAAAUCAAAUCAGACUGUUUUCUGUAGGAGCUCCCACUUGCUUAAUACACAUAGAUUAUGUUGGAGUAUUUAAAUGUAAAUAUUCUAAUGAUUCUAAAUAG